AUGGCUCUACAGUUGUCCAGGCGAGAGGUUGAUGAUCUGCGAUCGUCUAUCGACCGCGCUAUAUACAGAACAAUCGGUAAAUCCGAUAGUUCAGUCCUAUCAACAGUCUCAUCUUGUUUGACGAAUGGAUAUGAAAGGCGGAAGAUAAUUGAUAGGUUGUCUUCUCACAUAGAUUCAAAGAAAGCUAGCAAACUUGCAGAUAAGGUGAUAGCUCUCGCUCAAGAGCUAAUCUCUUCGUCAAAGUCACAGAAGCGGAAACAUGACAGUAGCGAUAAAGAUAAAGACAGUAAACGAUCGCGCCACGAUGACAAAUACGAAUCUCGCGAUGACAGACGCGACAGACAUGACCGAGAGAGAGAAAGAGAUAAAGAUAGGGACAGAGAUGAGAAAGAAAAGGACAAUGGUAUUGAGUUGCCAUCGAUUAUUCCCGAUGGCGAGACCGUGGGCUCGAAGAUGGCUGGUCUUAGUGCGGAUAAGAUAAAGUUAAUGAUGGCGAAUGCGCAGAAGGAAAUAGAAGAAAGAAAACGUGCCCUUAUGGCUAUAAAGGGGGAUAAGGGGAAUGUCAAUGUUGCAGCACAAACAGCAAAGCACAUCACCAAUCAGCUGCAGGGCAGCAAUACCAUUGCCCCACCGAGCGUUAUCAAACCAAUGUUGUACUCGAGACCAGCUACCGGAGUGAUAUCUGCUGCUGAGUUGGAAAAGCAACAAAAGAUUGCCGAGCUGCAAGCGAGGAUUCAAAGGAAACUAGCUGGUGGUGCGUUACAGCCAGGUCUGUCUGGUCCAGCUCCUCUCAUCUUGGAUAGAGAAGGUCGCACCAUUGACCCGGCUGGGCGAAGGGUGCAUUUGACCCAAGUGGCUCCGACGCUCAAGGCUAACAUCAGGGCGAAGCGACGCGAAGAGUUCAAAGCGCAGUUGUCCGGGCAGGCCGCGAACGAGAUCCCCGUGGAGGCACCGUGGAUGGACGCGCGGGUCCCCAGCAAGGCCCCCGUGAGGGUCAAGAGGGCGCUGCGCUUCCACGAGCCAGGGAAGUUCAGGCAGAUGGCCGAGCGACUCCGGAUGAAGGCUCAACUGGAGAAGCUGCAGAACGAGAUCUCGCAGAUAGCGCGCAAGACGGGCAUCUCAUCGGCCACAAAGCUGGCUCUCCUCGCCUCGGACGUACCUGACUCCGAUAGGGUCCCGGAUAUUGAAUGGUGGGACAGUGUCAUCCUAAUGACGCCGGAGGAGCGGGAAUCGAAGCGGGACACCACUAAAGCUUCCAGCGCGGACGUACGGACGGACAUGCAGCGAGUGGAAGACUGUAAUAUCGGUGGAGAUGAUAUCGUGGAGAAUUUGAAUGAGGACGCGAUCACUAACUUGGUGGAGCACCCGCAACAACUACGCCCUCCGAGUGAGUAG